AUGUCGCCUCUGCUACCGGAGAUAACCAAGCGGGUUCUAGGACUCGAUGAGAAAACGUGUCGCGUAAUCGGACAGAAUCUGGAUCCGGAACCGGGGGAGCCCCGUGGGUUCUUUGCCGACAUCCAUGAUUGGGUAUAUUCUUCCUUUGGGCCUGGUGAAUAUGUGAAUACAUUAAGCUGCGAAGCCGCACAGGAGCUAUGUUUCCAGCUGCUUCAAGAAAUUGAAGCCUCUAACAGCACUGGUCAUGUCUCCAAGCCUGUUGAUCUUCUGGCCUGGAUUCGACAUAUGGUUACCGUGGGCACAGGAAAGUUUCUCUUUGGGCCCAAUAAUCCUAUUUCGAAGGAGCCAGACUUGGAGCAUGAUUUCUGGGCAUUCGACCACGGCCUUGGCGGACUGCUUAUCGGGAUCUUGCCGUCUCUCACGGCUCCUAAAGCAUACAAGGGCCGAGAGAGGUUAACGGCGGCGUUCCGCAAGUAUUUGGAAGCUGGUCAUUUGGAUUCAGCGUCGUUGAUUGUCCAAGGUAGAGCGCGGAUCGAGAAGGAAUAUGGCAUGGAUAUAGAUAUGACAGCUCGGUCGGCUUUGUCGUUCCUUUUUGCUGGUAUUGUAAAUGCGACGACUACAACUUUCUGGGUGGUAUUAAGGAUUUUUGCGGAUCAACAACUCCUUGACCAAGUGCGCCAGGAAAUCCAUCAUGCGCUAGAACUCAGCAGCCAGCGCUCUGGGCCGGAUUCAUUGAGCAUCGGGGUAGUCAAAGAAACGUGCAAAACGUUAUUCGCCGUUUAUAGGGAGAGUCUACGCGUCGGGUCGGAGAAUUUCUCUGUUCGGUUGAUCAAAGAGGAUACGAUGCUGGCCGACCGGUACUUUUUGAAGAAGGGUGCUGUUGUCCAGAUAUCUGGCGGAGCAAUUCACGCCAGGAGCACCAUCUGGGGCCAAGACGUAGACGAGUUCAACCCUGGCAGGUUUCUCAAAGAGAAGGGGAAAAGCGAUGGCUUUCACCCAGCAGCGUUUCGGGGAUUCGGCGGUGGCAAGACUCUGUGUCCUGGCCGUGACUUUGCCACCAAUGAGAUUCUGCUAUUUGCCGCUAUGAUCAUCCAUGCGGUUGAUAUCGUUGCUCCUGAUGGAGGUACCGUCGUUGUUCCUGAGAAAGACGACCGAAUAAUGCCGGUUCACAUUCUCGAGCCGGUGACGAACCCCAAAGUCAUCAUCAGGCCCAGAGUAGAUGAUGCAGGGAUGCUGAGUCGGCUUAAAGCUGUGAUGUAA